GUUCAAACAAUUCGGAGAGAUGAGAUUCAUCAAUCGUCAGAUAUCACUCAGCUCAUAGCUGCUCCGGACAAAUAUCAGGGUGACUUGGACGCAAUGGAUUGGGUCGCUGCUGGUUACUGCCCGUCCUUAGCAAUAUCUGCGAUAACUGAUCACUAUCCCACUCCGUGUCUCCAGAGGUAUCCUUGCGCAUGCAGCACAAUCGGUACCCAUUGCACUCGUAUAGCAUUGAUCUUUUUAAGGCUCUCUAUUCUCACUUGCCGCUAUAAAUGCACACACAGCCGCGGAUGUACAAAAGAGCGAUCCUGUGCAACACUCUACAAAGUUAUCUUUCCAAAAACUCAUACACCAACACGAACCAAAUGAGUCUUAAUAACCCAUCUUCGCGUCUCUUGCUCCUGGAUGUACUGGCCCUGCUACUUAUCGCCUGCAUCCUGCCAAUUCCCGUUCGUUCGCAGUCGUACGCAGUCCAGUUCCCAACAAGCACUGCAUCCUGUGUCACCUGCAUGCCCGCGUUCGCAACUGCUCCGUGUCAGACGAUUCUGAACUCAAUCGGUCAGUCCUCGAACGGUUCGAUCUCGACCUCGAUCCUGGCUGAAUGCCAGUGCACAGGGACGUUCCUCACGCUCUAUAGCUCAUGUGUGCAGUGUUUUAUGUAAGGCCCUUUCCCGAAAUUCUGGACCACUGGGGACGACAACGGUGACAAAGACGGUGACCCGGACGACGACAACGACGAUGACCGCGACUGGGACAUCGUUGCCGACGAACCCGAGUUCGGCGACGACAUUGAAGGUGUAUCAGGAGGGACAGCCGAUGGGGGCGGUCACGAUGUGCACGGUCGUUGCUGGUAUUGUGCUGGCCUACUUUCCUGUGUUGGCUUGAGCCACCGAAAGGAAAAAAAAAAAAAAAAAAAAAAAA